AUGCUUUCACUUGGUCAAAGGUUUUCGAUCCAGGCAAAGCGCUGCCUUGUCAGAUCAUUCCACUCUUUAUACCAUACAGAACCACCAAUUGCAGACCCGUCUACUUUAGAGAAUAAGAUUCUUUCUAAAGCUUACACAGAUUUUGUUCCUAAAGAGGGAUUUACAGAAGAAGCAGUUAAUCAUGCUGCUGCUGCUGUAGGAACCAAUCCAAGCACUUUGGGUGCCAUAUUCAACUUCACCACUCCAUCUAGAGACAUGGCUAUGGAAUUGGCACUUUACCAUAUGAAGUUUGCUCGUCAGGAGAUGUAUGAGCAGAACAAAGAGGCUGCCGGGAAGAUGUUCAACGAGAAGGAUAGAUUGCAAUUCUACAUGACUAAGAGAUUACUUUUGAACGAGCCAAUCAUUCAACACUACCAUCAAGCUUUGGGUAGAAUGAUCCUUCCUUCCAACGUUUCGGAAUCCCUAAAAGAACUGCAUAAUCUUGCUGAUGAUAUGUCAUAUUAUGCUGGGGAUAAAUCAACCGACUUUGCUUGGUAUUCAAAGAGAUUUGCCGUUGCUGGUGCAAUUAUUCAGUCCGAAUUAUUUAUGUUGAGCGAUCACUCUAAGGGUUUCAGUGAUACGAUUCAAUUUGCCACCGAUCGUCUUCAGGAAGUCAAUACAGCUGGCCGAAUUUACAACUCUUUUGAAGAGUGGAUUAUCUUUAAUGGUAUUAGUACCCUCAAUAUGAUCAGAAGCCAAGUUGCUAGAGGCUAA